GUUGGUUGCAUAAGCAUUUCUAAGCUUCGAAAAUAUGAAGCCGAUCUUUUGUGGAAACCUGGAUUUCGAUGCAAGACAAUCUGAUGUUGAGAGGCUUUUCAGAAAAUACGGCAAGAUUGAUAGAGUGGACUUGAAGUCUGGAUUACUUGGAAAGUUGGAAUGUCCAUGCUCUUCUUGGAUGGAUGUGCUUCUCUGCAUUUCUUUUAUAGAAUGUGCCCCAGCUUCUCCUUCUUGUAUUUUUCCAGAAGAAAUAAUCUGAUCCGCCCUAGCCUUGCCAUUCUGCAUUCCCUCAGCAUUCAUUGCUUUUUCAUUCCUCAUGACUUUUGCUCAGUGUUCAAUUUCCGACAUGUUUCAACAUAUAAACCAUGAUGAUUUCGCAAUGGGGCAGGUGUUGUGGUUUUGCUUUUGUCUACAUGGACGAUGAACGUGAUGCCGAGUAUGCAAUUAGACGGCUUGAUCAAACAGAAUUUGGUAGAAAAGGGCGCCGAAUUCGUGUCGAAUGGACCAAGCAAGAGCGUGACAACAGAAGGUCUGGUGGUGAUUCAAAGAAAUCUUCAACUAAUACAAGACCAUCGAAGACUUUGUUUAUUAUAAAUUUUGAUCCUGUUCACACCAGGACAAGGGACUUAGAGAGACACUUUGAUCCCUAUGGGAAAAUAUCAAAUUUAAGGAUCAGAAGGAAUUUUGCUUUUAUCCAGUUUGAAACCCAGGAGGAAGCCACUAAAGCGUUGGAAGCAACUAACCUGAGCAAGUUUAUGGACCGCGUUAUCACUGUGGAGUAUGCUAUAAGAGAUGACGAUGUCAAAAAGGAUGGAUACAGUCCUGAUAGGAGAGGUCGCGGCUCCCCUGAUGGGAGGUAUGGUCGUGGCAGAUCUCCGAGUCCUUAUCGUAGAGGUAGGGGUAGCCCUGAUUAUGGUAGAAGUAGGGGUAGCCCUGAUUAUGGUCGUGGAUCAAAUCCAGCUUCCAGACCAGAACCAAGAGGAAGCCCCAAGUAUGAACGAGCUGAAAGCCCAAUGAAUGGGAGAUAUGAUAGCCGAUCUCCUCCACCUCGUGGAUCAAAUCAAUCUUCCAGACCAGAACCUAGAGGAAGCCCCGAGCAUGAACGAGCUGAAAGCCCAAUGAAUGGGAGAUAUGAUAGCCGAUCUCCCCCACCUCGUGAUAGGUCAAGAUCCUGAGUAGUAGCUGACAGAACUGUGUAAAAUUGUUGCUGGACCAUUUUUAUUUCAUUCCAACUUAUGUUAGUCCAUAUUUUGGCAGCAAGAAAGUUCGAACUUGUUGUAUUUACUCUUAUGUCUGUUAGAGUCUAAUGUGCAAUCUGCAAAGACAUUAUUAUAUGUUAAAUACAGUAUGUUACUCAUCA